GAGGAUUUCGCGCUGCAAGCUGUGGUCAAGAAAAAUAUUUUCAGUAGCACAUUUUGCCUUCAAGGUAACUUGUGCAUUUUGUGCAGGGUUGGGAACUCUGUACUUUGUAAUCUGAGAUAGUCUGUAUUUGUAAAUUUUGUAGCUUAAACGCCUGUCAUGACCACCGAAGUCGAAGUGUCUAAUGUUGAUGAAAAAUUCCAAAAUGGCGACGGUGAAAUAUCAGAAUUGAACGGGAAUGGGUUUACUGAGGACUUAAAUGGUACUGACAGUCAGUCUCCAGGUGGAAGAAUUAUCAGGAAAGCAAAACGAUUUCAUCGGCAGAAUUCAGGACCUGACGCACUGGUUUUAAAUGGGGAAACGAAGACUGCAGCUCAAGCAAAACAAGCACUCGCAGUAAACAAAAAUAGCCGUAAAUCCAGGGAUGGCCGCGGCCGAGGCCUACCAAAGAAAGGUGGCGCAGGAGGCAAAGGAACGUGGGGAGCACCGGGAGAUGAAAUCCUAAUGGAAGAGAGGUGCAAAGAUGCAAAUGACCCUAACUAUGAUUCUGAGAGCGAGGAUGAAUAUUUUGUAGAAAAAAUAGAUCUAGAAGUUUCUCAGGAAGAACUUAAAAAGGUUCUCGAACCUGUGAUUUCUGAAUACUACAACCAUGGUGAUACGUCAGAAGUGCAGGAAACAUUGCUGGACCUGAAAUUAUGCACCUUAAAACCUAAAGUUAUAGAAACUAUAUUGAAUAUGGCACUAGACCACAAGUGUACACAUCGUGAAUUGAGUUCCAUCCUUAUUUCUGACCUGUAUGGGAAAGUACUUACUUCCGAUGACAUUGCCAAUGGCUUUGAUGAUGUAUUGAACAGCCUGAGUGACUUGACCAUAGACACACCUGAUGCUCCUACGGUGAUUGGUCAGUUCAUUGCCAGAGCUGUUGCCGAUGAUUGUCUUCCUCCGAAGUAUAUGCGAAGUUACAAGGGUAACGUGGAAUGUGCUCACACAGUUUCAGCUUUAGAGAAAGCAGAGCUCUUGUUGAGUAAGAAACAUGGCAUUGUUCGUCUCGACAACAUUUGGGGAACUGGAGGAGGCAUCCGACCAGUCAAAUAUCUUAUCAAACAGAUGGUCAUGCUGCUGAAAGAGUACUUGUCUUCAGGCGAUAUCCAUGAAGCCACUCAAUGUCUCCAAGAACUUGAGGUUCCACACUUCCAUCAUGAGGUUGUCUAUGAGGCCACCGUAAUAGUGCUUGAAGAUGGAAGUCAGCGAGCAGCUGAUAUGAUGUGUAGCUUAUUGAAGUCAUGGAGUGAUACACUUGUUCUUACUCCAGAACAAGUUACUCAGGGAUUUAAACGGGUGUAUGAUGCAUUACCAGAUAUUACUCUGGAUGUUCCGGCAGCGUAUACUCUGCUGGAGCGAUUUGCCACUUUGUGCCACAAAGGAAGAGUGAUGGGAUCUGAUCUCUUUCAAGAACUACCUCAGAGGGGAAGGAAGCGUUUUGUGUCAGAGGGGGAUGGUGGCCGCCUCAAGGAACAGAUCAUGUAGAAAAUGGAUGGAAAGCUGACAAUGGUGUGCCGUCCUAAUGAAAAUGGUUACCAUGGAAUCAAUUAAGUGCUUAUAUAUUUGUUCACAUGGAAACGUUUGAGGACAACGUGCUAUACAAGUUUGUGUUGGAACGGUUGGCUGGCAGCAACUCUACAGUAUUGACUAUGUAGAUUUCUUUUUCAAAUUAGCAUUGAGGCAUUUAAUCUUUGAUUGUACCUUGUGUGAUGUUAUGUGUUCUGUGAUAAUCCAGGUCCUGUGUAAUGUUAUUACACAAUGGUUGUAUGUUCUUCUAUCUUGUUAAAUGGAAUCUUUUGUAUCAAUCUUGGAACCACUGCCACUGUGUUGAUUGAAGGUAGAAAUCACCAACCCUUUUUCUGUGUGUUUAUUAACUGAUUGAUGUGGAGACAAACAUCACAAUUUCAUUUUACUCAUUUUGCUUUAAUUUGCUAUUAUUUGAAGUCCGAUCAUCUUUGCUUUUUUUUUUUUUUUUUUUUUCUUUUUUUAAGUUUGGUGCAUGUAAUAUGACUUACAUUAAUUUUUGCCAUGACACCAUUUUGCUUUACUUAAGAAUAUAAUGUUCUAUAUAUUAAAUUUAAAAAAUUGCUUAUUUCUAAGAUUUUUUUAUGAUUUUGUAUAUAUUGGCUUAAUAUGAAGCACCAUAGGACAUUAAUAUAAUUUCACACAAAAGAUUAUAUAUACAGUAUUGAUAAAAAGAUUGUCACUAUCCACAACACUAUCACAGUAAAGUAUGCAAUUUUAGUGGAUUUCAUCUAAAACCUGAUCAUAGCAUGUACACUUGAAAUGUCAGAAGUAGGCAUUCCAUUUGAGGGCUAAUCAAAUUAUCUUUACCAUAUGAUUCAAUAUUUCAUAAGUUAAUGAUAGCAUGUACAUUUUAUGCUUGUCAAUUCGGGAUUUAUACUGAGGUAUUUUGUCAAAUGUGCAUUGUAAACUGUUGAAAUAAAAAGAAACUUGUACUGUAGGAGUUGAGGAAUAAGUUAUCAAUUCAUUGCUCAUUCCAAAGUUUUUGAAGUUUUUUUUUUAAACUUAACUGACCUUUAUAAACCUUCUUAUGAUAAUGCUUAAAGGGCUUGCUAUUGGCAACAUGUGAUUACUUUUUUCCUGGGAUAUAUAAUUGGAUAUUUUACAUAAUUGUAUAUUAAGUAUAUGAUUCUGUAUAAUAUGUUAACCAUUGAGAUUCUGUUUACAUAAUAUUUUGACUGGGCUUGUGGGUGCCAAAGCAACUCAUUAAGUUGGUCGAAAACUUUGAUAACUUCCUGUAAAAUAUAUGGUCAAACCGUAUUGAUUAAAUUUUGGAUCACCAAGUGGUGUAGAAAGAUAAUGGCAAGCCCUGAUGUUCAUGUAAUAUUUCUUAAGUUUUUUGAAGUAAAAGUUAAGAACAAUUUUAAUUCUUUUGUAAGAUUUGAGGACAUUUCCAAUUUAUUUGUUUUUGCUCCUUUUUAGUUACUUUAUAUUCAUUUUGCAUAAAUUCUGUUGAUAAUUUAGAAGUGUUUGAUAUGCUGAUUGUAAAGUUAUAACGCACUUUUGUUAAAGACAUAGGUUCACAUGUGUAUAUCUUGAUAUAUUUUACAGUAUAGAAUCUGAAAAUUCUUUAAAAAAAAUUGAAUUUCUGUGUAAAUUUUUCGAACUCCUUAAUCGGUCAUGUUACAGAUUUUCCUUAUUCAGGAGGAAAAAAAAGAUAAUGUUAAAUGAUGCAGCAGUAUGUCCCUGGAUAAAAGCGCAGGACAGAUGUGCAUGAAGAGGAGGGAUGACCUUGACAUAGAGAAUUAAACAAAUGGAAGGGCUGUUGCUCUUACCUUUGCUGUGCAAUUGUAUUUUGUCAUAUAAAAUCAUGCUCAGAUUAACCAAUAAAAUGCUGGUUAUAGUUA